AUAAAAUCCAUGUUGUGCGGCCGCUGAUUAGCUGCGGGGCGACCGCCCUAGAAAAUCCCAGAUACUAUUUCUCAUUCUCCCCCUCGACAACUUUUUUGUGAUCUUUGAAUCACCUUCAUUUGAUCUAUAGGGAACCCAUUUCCCCUUGCUCCCUUUCGCACAUCGUCCCCUACGCCCUCGCGUGGUUCCCCGGGGUUUCCUACUCGGAGUUAAUUUGUGAUUUUUUUUCUGGCGCUGGGGUGGUGCGAAUAUGGAUGUCACGGCCCUUCGAGACCGCAUCCAGUCUACUUUAGACGCGAAUGCGGACAUUCGCCGUCAAGCGGAGUUGGAUCUGAAAUAUGCCGAGACGCAGCCCGGUUUUAUCAAUGCGCUCCUAGAUAUCUUACAGGGGGAGCAGAACAAUGCAGUUCAGCUUUCUGCUGGUGUCUACCUGAAGAACCGUAUUAGCCGAGGAUGGGCCCCUAUCGAAGACAGUCCAUCGCGAUCCCCCAUUCCUGAAUCCGAGAAGCCCGCUUUCCGGGAGCGACUUAUCCCUGCCUUGGCCUCGACGCCGCCCAAUGUCCGCGCCCAACUGGUUCCCCUCCUCCAGAAGAUUCUGCAGAACGACUUCCCCGAGCAGUGGCCGGGAUUUCUUGAGCUCAACCUGCAACUGCUCACGACCAACGAUGCGAACACCGUCUAUGCGGGUCUGCAGUGUCUGCUGGCCAUUUGCCGUGUGUACCGAUUCAAGGCUGGAGAGAAGCGCGAGGAGUUUGAUAAGAUCGUGGAGCACUCGUUCCCUCAGCUGCUGAGCAUUGGACAAAGGCUUGUUGAUGAGGAGAGCCUGGAGGCGGCAGAGAUGCUUCGGAUCAUCGUGAAGGCCUACAAGCAUGCGAUUUACUUCGAACUUUCGCCUGCUCUUCAGACCCACCAAGCCACCGUGGACUGGUGCACAUUGUUCCUGCGCAUCAUCUCCAAGACACCCCCGGCUAGCGCUAUGAACGAGUCAAAGGAAGACAGGGAAAUGAACCACUGGUUCAAGUGCAAGAAAUGGUCAUACGCUAACUUGAACCGUCUCUUCAUCCGUUACGGAAACCCCACCACCAUGUCGAAGCCCUCUUCUACCCCCGACUACACCGCGUACGCGAAAACUUUCAUCAGCACCUUUGCCCCCGAAAUUCUCAAUGGAUACCUGCAGGAGAUUGACAAGUGGGUUUCCAAAUCCCAAUGGAUGAGCAACUCCGCCAUCUCCUACACCUUGAUCUACAUGGAGGAAUGUGUCAAGCCCAAGGCGAUGUGGGAGCACCUCAAGCCGCACAUGGAGAACUUGAUCGCCCACUUCGUUUUCCCCAUCUUGUGCCAGUCGGACGAAGAUAUUGAGUUGUUCGAGGAGGAUCCUUCAGAGUACCUGCACCGCAAGUUGAACUUCUACGAGGAGGUCUCCGCCCCGGAUGUUUCCGCCACAAACUUCUUGGUUUCCCUCACCAAGAACCGCAAGAAGCAGACUUUCUCCAUCUUGACCUUUGUCAAUAGCAUUGUCAGCAAGUACGAGGCUGCCCCUGAGGACCAGAAGCUGCCCCGUGAGAAGGAGGGUGCUCUCCGCAUGAUUGGGUCGCUUGCCUCCGUAAUUCUGGGCAAGAAGAGUCCUAUUGCUGACCAGGUCGAAUACUUCUUCGUUCGUCACGUUUUCCCCGAGUUCCGCAGCCCCCACGGCUUCCUCCGUGCCCGUGCUUGUGAUACCCUUGAGAAAUUCGAGCAACUCGACUUCAAGGAUCCCAACAACCUGAUGGUCAUUUACCGCAACAUUCUGGAGUCCAUGGCCGAUUCUGAGCUUCCUGUCCGCGUUGAGGCUGCUCUGGCUCUGCAGCCCUUAAUUCGCCACGAUAUCAUUCGGACUUCCAUGCAGCAGAACAUCCCCCAGAUCAUGCAGCAGCUCCUCAAGCUGGCCAAUGAGGUCGAUGUUGACGCCCUGGCCAAUGUCAUGGAAGAUUUCGUUGAGGUCUUCUCUGCUGAGCUUACUCCCUUCGCUGUCGCAUUGAGCGAGCAGCUCCGUGAUACCUACAUGCGCAUUAUUGGUGAGCUUCUGGAGCGUAAUGCCACCAAGGGCGGAGAUGAUGAUGGAUUCGGCGACUUCUUAGACGACAAGAGUAUCACCGCACUCGGUGUUCUGCAGACCAUUGGAACUCUCAUCCUUACUCUCGAGAGCACCCCUGAUGUGCUCCUGCACCUGGAGACCAUCCUGAUGCCCAUUAUCAGCAUCACUCUGGAGAACAAGCUCUAUGAUCUAUACAACGAGAUCUUUGAGAUCAUUGACAGCUGCACCUUCGCCUCGAAGAACAUUUCGGGCACUAUGUGGCAAGCCUUUGAGCUCAUUCACAAGACCUUCAAGGCUGGCGCUGAGCUGUAUUUGGAGGACAUGCUUCCUGCUCUUGACAACUACGUCGCUUACGGAUCUGACAUGCUUGUGCAGAACCCGGCCUACCUUGCUGCUAUUGUUGGCAUGGUUGAGGAUAUCUUCCGCGACGACAAGGUCGGCGGUGUUGACCGCAUCUGCGGCUGCAAGCUUGCCGAAACUCUCAUGCUCAACCUCCGUGGCCACAUUGAUCAGUACAUCCCGCUCUUCAUUGAGCUGGCUAUGACUGUUAUCGAUGCUGACGAGGCUCGUACCAAGACCUACCGCAUUCACCUGAUGGAGAUGGUCAUUAACGCCAUCUACUACAACCCGGUACUCAGUCUGCAGGUCCUUGAGUCUAAGGGCUGGACCAACAAGUUCUUCAGCAACUGGUUCUCUAAUAUCGAUAACUUCCGUCGUGUACACGACAAGAAGCUGUCUAUUGCCGCCAUCAGCUCGCUGCUGACCAUGGCAGCGGGUGAUGUACCCGUCAGUGUCCAGCAGGGCUGGCCGAGACUGUUGCAAGGUGUGACAAGACUCUUCCAGACCUUGCCUGCUGCGAUCAAGAUUCGUGAGGAGGCUACCAAGGAGUCUGACUUCACCCUUGAUGACGAUCUUGAUGAUGAUGACGAGGACAACGACUGGGAUGGUGAAAUUGAGUGGAACGAGGAGGAGGUUGAGGAGGCACUUGAUGAUGAUGUUGCCGACGAAAGUGCUGCCUACCUUGAGUUCCUCAACCAGGAGGCUCAGAAGUUCGGCGCCUACGGCGAUGAUGAUGACGAUGACAUGGACGAGGAGAGUCUCCUUGAGACACCCCUGGAUAAGGUCGAGCCGUAUGGCAUGUUCAAGCAAGUCUUCUUGAACCUGCAGUCCGAGCAGCCCCAGCUCUACGAGAACCUGACCAAGGUUCUUGGUCCCGAGGAACAGCAGAUCAUCCAGGCCGUUUUCCACGAGGCCGACCAGAAGGCACUGCUCGCCCAGCAGAAUGCGGAAGCUGCAGCAGCAGCCAUGCAGGCCAACGGCAACCAAUAGACCGGCUAAAUGCAAUGGCCCUCAUCCAUUGAUUUGGAUGAUCCCCAUUACAGGUCUCACUGAUUCCUUGCUCACGAGACAUAUGCCCUUUUCAUGUCUUUCCUCCGAUUGUUUAGAUCAUGCCUGUCCCCCGUUUAUAUCUGCUGUUUUGUCUAUUUUUCCAUUUUCCUAUCUUCCAUCACACUGAUGUGCUUGCAAAAAAGUCCCUACCCGUUCCCUCCCAUUGAUAAUCCGCCUCAUUGCACAGAUUCCCCUUUCCAAAGACUCGCCUUUGGUAUAGCUAGCACAUCAG